AAGUUAUGAACAUAAGGAUGUUGAUGUGAAUUUUAAAAUUGAACUCAAGAUCUUAUUCUCGUUUAUGUGGGUGAUUUCAUUGAAGCUGACCUUGAAAUCCCAUUCAAGCGUCAUAGAUAUUGGGAAGUUUCUCAAUCACUUUUAAAGAAAUUAAGAAGAUCGAAUAAAGAAUACUCUUCCAAAAUUUCUAAAAUGAAGAGAAAAAUUACAGACUUGAAUAGUCUUCUUGCUGAUUUGAAAAGAAGAUUUCUAAUUUCUUCUGAAUCGUCAGUAGUACUGAAGGUAUUCAGAGUUCAGUUCACUUCGCAACCCGUGGCCAGUCUGGCUGGCAGUUGUAGUUUGGCCUUUCAUCAAUGUAAUUCCUAAUUUUUGAGGACAAAAUUUAAAUUUAAACAAAUCAACUCAACUUAUAAAUUGUCGAAUGAGCUUUGAAGCAUUUCACAAAAAAAUUAGAUGAUCAGAUAGGUACAAAUGAUACUUUUCAAAUUUUUUUUAGAAAAAGUUUAUUGAUCUAGAAUCCACAUAAAGCUGUAUUUAUUCAACUCGAAAAACAGGAGACAAACACUCAGAAAAUAUACUUUUUUACCAUUUUUUAAAUACAAAUAUUCACCUACCCAUUAUCAAAACAAAAAGGAAAAACUGAACUGAGAGAGAAUUAUUCAUAAUUGGCCAAAUUAUCUUUAUUUGAAUGAUUUUCUGCUUCUUUUUUUGUUAUAUUCAUUUGCUGCUUUUUGAACUGCAUGUCUGCUUUUUCUACCAGGGUUAGAAUUCCUGUUUUAUUUUCAGAUAAGUUUCUGGUUCAAAUUUGUCUUAAGCAAAUAUCCACUCUAUAUUAUUUUUAUUUUGAUAGGAAUGUGUUCCUCAAUCUGAAAAGCAACUCAUGGAAAGGCAAUUGAGGGGAGCAAGUGGAAAGUUUCCUCCCGAAUUGAGAAGUUUUGCGUUCACUCUCAAUUUUUAAUCAUCAUCCGCUUAUAAUUCCAUUAGAAGAACUUUUGGGAAUAAUUCUUUGCCUCACCCCCGUACCCUAUUGAAGUGGUGUAGUUCGAUUAAUGGAUCCCCUGGCUACACUUCUGAGGCAAUUAGAGCAGUAAAAAUAAGAGAGGAAGUUGAAAAGGCAAGGGGUAAAAAAUUGAUUGCCGGAUUGGUAAUGGAUGAAAUGUCCAUCAAAGAACAUGUUGAAUGGACUGGUGCAAGACAAGUUGGAUACAUUUAUUUUGGGACAGGAAUCCAAGAGAGUGAAGAAGAGGGCAAAAAAUGCCUUGGUCUUUAUGCUAGUAGGAUUAAAUGCUAAAUGGAAAGUUCCCAUAGCAUACUACCUGAUUGAUACAGCAGAGGAGAAGGCUGUAGCGUUUAAUUGCAGCACCAAAUACAAUGUGUUGUAAUUUUGGUUGCCUACUGAUGAAUUUGAUUCGAAUUAUAUUCCUAUAUUGUUUAUCACUUUUUUUGUCAACAUAUGUGCCCGAUACUGGAAUUUUCUUUCGAGAAAAACGCAUUUUGUUACUUAUGAAUUUGGAAAGUAGAAGUCUUGUUGAUUGUGAAAAUCCAAAAAUUUUGGGAUAACGUUAUUUUCCUUAUUUCUCAAGAAUAUAUCGCCGUUCCGGUGAAACAAUGACGUAACUGCAAAUUUUUGACAUUUUGACUCAACAGCACUAUUAGGUCCUAAAUUGAUGCAUCUAUACGGAAAAAGAACGACGUAAGUGUACAACCGUCAACGGCCGCAAGAUGGCAAAUACGUCAUUGUUACAUUAUUGAAGUUUCACCCCUUUAUCUUGGAAAAUAACGACACAUAGGUCAGUUGCGUGUUAGACUUCCCGGGAGGAGUUACUGUUUUAGUGGUAAAACGACGUAAUUGCAUAGUUAAACGUAAUAGUUGAAAUUUGUGUGCACCAGUUCAGGAGAACAACGACAAACUUUAAGAAGAUACAAGUCUUGAACCAGGUACUUAAUAUGAAUUCAAGAGCCGAAAAGAUAGUUAAUCUCGCUCUUUUUGGAGAUCAAAAUGAAGCUAAUUCAAGAGUUAUUUCUGCACUGCCUGGAUGCUCCACUUCAAAUCCUGAAGAAAAUACGUUACUUGAUAUUUCUAAUAACUAUGUCAUAGAAAAUGAAGGCUCAAUCAAACUUAGAAUAACUAGAACUAAAGAAAAUUUGUACCGUGAGGAGACAAGUUCAAGAAGCGAUUUUUCUGCAGGUUCGAGUGACAAUUACGAGCCUGCAAGUGACAACGAUUCGUUAGGCAGUUCGUUAAACUCUAUAGACGCAGAAACUGAAACAAUUGUCCAAGAGUUGCCCAAAAUUUCAGAGGCUAUAGAAUGCAAAGAAAAUUCCCCACAACGUAAAAAAGGUAAAAAGAGGUUACGCAGAACCGAAAAUUGGGCAAGCGUAAAAGCCAAAAGCUUAAAGAAUAGUGGAAAGAGCUAUAAGUCCAGAACAGGAAAACUGAUGCCGGCAAAGGAGAUGGCACCACCUUGUCCAGAUAAAUGCGUUUUAGCAUGUUCAAAGAAAUUUUCCGAGAAUGCAAGAGCUCAGAUUUUCAGGGAGUAUUGGGGAAUGGGUUCAUUACAGAGACAACGAGAUUUCUUGGGUUCGUGUAUUGAACAACUUCAACUUAAAUAUAGGCGAGUCACCUCUGGAGUGCCCCGUAAACCAAACAGUGCAUUUUAUCUUGUCGUUAAUGGAGGGAAAAUUCGCGUAUGCAAAUUAUUUUUAAUCCGUACCCUUGGAAUAACUGAGAGAAAACUCCGAACAGUCAUUGAGUCGAAAUUAUCAGGUACUGGAAUUGUAGCUGAAGAUAAGCGAGGAAAGCACGGCAAACAUAAAAAGGCGGAUGAAGAAAUAGUGAAGUCGGUACGAGACCAUAUUAAUGCCAUUCCAAGGGUUGAGAGUCACUAUGUCCGAAAGGAUACUACAAGAGAAUUCAUUGACGGUGGUCUUUCGAUUGCUGAAUUACAUAGGCACUAUGUAAGUGAAAGAUCUUCUACCCGAGAAACAACUGCCAGCUAUGAUAUGUAUGCGAGAAUAUUUAAUACUGAAUACAAUAUAGGAUUCUUUAUACCUAAAAAGGAUCAGUGUGAUUUUUGCGAGUCCUUCAAGAAUUCAGUUGGUGAUGAUAAAGAAGCCUUGGAGAAUAAAUAUAAUGAACAUCUACAAGAAAAAAAAUUAAGUAGAGAAGAAAAGGACAAGGACAAGGAAAGAGCCAAAAAUAAUGAAGUUGUGUUAGCCGUAUACGAUCUGCAGGCUGUAUUACCUGUCCCAACUGGGCAAUCAUCAGCAUUUUUUUAUAAAAGUCGAUUGAAUUGCUACAAUUUUACUGUAACCGAAAUUGGAAGGGAUAAAUCUCUCUGCUAUUUUUGGCAUGAAGGUUUAGGCCACAGGGGAGUUAACGAAAUUGGUACCUGCAUAAUGUUAUAUCUUGAAGAACUUGCAAAAUCGAACCCUGGUGUCGACAUAGUGUUUUAUUCUGACAACUGUGGAGGCCAGCAAAAGAAUAGAUAUAUGAUCGCAGCUUAUUUAUAUGCAGUGGACGCGUAUAAUAUUAAUACAAUUACGCAUAAAUAUCUUGUUCGCGGGCACACUCAGAACGAGGGUGAUGCUGUACAUAGUAUUGUGGAGAAAAAUUUGAAAAGGGCUAAAAACUCAGGGCCAAUUUACGUGCCCGACCAAUAUAUUUCACUAAUAAGAAAUUCAAAAAAAAGAGGCAAUCCUCUUGUUGUGAAGGAAAUGAAUUUCAAUAAUUUCUUUGAUUUAAAAGAUUUAUAUGGAGAAAUCGCUCCGAAUUUAUCGAAAAACGUCGAUGGGAAAGAAUUUAAAAUAAGUGACGUAAGACAACUUGAAUUUCAGAAAGGAAGCGACGUUAUUCGUUACAAAGUAAGUUUCAACCAAAAGGAAUGGGAUAGAAUAAUAUUCAGACCAAAGAAGAGACGUGUUUCCGAAUUACGGCCUAUCAAAGAAAUUAAAACAAAACCUGCUUACACACAAAAAAUUACAAUAACAGAAAAUAAAAAAAGAGAUCUGAAGAGUUUAGUUGACAACAGAAUAAUUCCCGAGUUUUAUAAGUAUUUUUAUGAUUCUGUUUUAUAACUCAUAUCAUUUAAAUGUACCUACUAUUGAUUCUCACCCAUUAAAAAUAUUGACAAAAACGCUGCAUUU